CGUCAAAGCUGUCGGCUGACUCCGGGUGUUAGACCAGCACGCAGAGAGCAGACGUUAUGUAGGAGACUGUAGAGAUUACUGGACAUGGGAGCUCCGGUGGUUUUUCCAGACUUCAACUCUAUUUUUGAGGUGCAUUAUUCCCUCAGUGAAACAAGCGCUUUCAGCUGUUUUUGUGUAGCAGUAAGGCGGGUGCCAGGAUGGCGACAGACGACGUUGCGCAGUUGGCUGACUCUCUGGCCAAAACUGGAGUGGAGGAUGGAGAGCUCAGUUACAAAGGACAGGGAAGAAAGCUGGAUGAUGCUCAGUCAGUUGAGGAGAUGGUGAAGGAGAUCCAGGACUUUGAGGGUUUACAGGCUCUGAGGUUGGAGGGAAACACUGUAGGUGUGGAGGCAGCACGGGCCAUCGCUAAGGCCCUGGAGACAAAGAGUGCAUUGAAGCGUUGCUACUGGAGUGACAUGUUUACAGGUCGCCUGCGCUCUGAGAUCCCACCUGCCCUGAAUUCACUGGGUGAUGCUCUGAUGCUGGCGGGUGCCAGGCUCACAGUUUUAGACCUCAGCGACAAUGCUUUUGGACCCGAUGGAGUAAAGGGCAUUGAGAAUCUGCUAAAGAGCUCCACCUGCUACACACUGCAGGAGCUACGGCUCAACAACUGUGGCAUGGGCAUCGGAGGUGGCAAGAUUUUAGCUGCAGCAUUGAUCUACAAUCAUAAAAAAUCCAGCGCUGAAGGAUCGCCCUUCAGCCUGAAGGUGUUUGUUGCAGGAAGAAACCGACUGGAGAAUGAUGGAGCCACUGCCCUCGCUCAGGCUUUUAAGCUUAUAGGCAGCAUGGAGGAGGUUCACAUGCCCCAGAAUGGCAUCAACCACGCAGGUGUGACCGCCCUGGCCGAAGCCAUGCAGCACAAUCCAGGACUUCGAAUCCUCAAUCUGAAUGACAACACGUUCACUGAGAAGGGGGCUAUCGCCAUGGCUCAGGCCUUGAAACACUUGCGGAGCAUCCAGGUGAUAAACUUUGGAGACUGUUUGGUACGACCGGAAGGAGCCAAAGCGAUUGCAGCGAGCGUGUCAGAGGGGCUGCCGAUCCUCAAGGAGCUUAAUCUGUCGUACGGUGAGAUUACUGAGGAUGCUGCUCUGGUCGUGGCACAGGCAGUAAAAGACAAGGACCAACUGGAGAAACUGGACCUAAAUGGUAACUGCAUUGGAGAGGAUGGCUGCAGAGCUUUGAAAGUCGCCAUGGAAGCCAUGAACAUGAGCGAGCUACUUGGAUCACUCAGUGACGAUGAGGGCGAGCCAGAAGAUGAUGAUGAUGACGAUGAAGACGAAGACGACGAUGAGGAAGAAGAUGAUGACGAGGAGGAUGUGGACGAGGAGGAAGUAGAGGAGGAAGAGGAAGAAGAGGAGGAAGAGGAAAGCACUGGCAAUAAGUUUUCCACCCCACAGUCAGCACCUCGACCCCCAGAAGUCUCCUCCUUCCUCAGCUUUCCCUCCCCUGACAAACUGCUUAAACUGGGCCCCACGAGAGCAUUGCUUAUUGAGCAGCAGGUGGAUGUUUCAGACGCUGCAAAAACAGCUGAAGCCUUCCUCAAGAUUGCAUCUGUGUACAAGGAGGACAAUAAUGAAGUUAAGAAUGCAGUGUUGGACAGUAUUGAUGGCCUCCUGAGGAAAGCUUUCACCUCCUCUUCCUUCCAAGGCUACAGCUUUGUAUCAUCUUUGUUAGUGCUGCUUGGACUUAUUAAGAGCGAGGAUAAGGUGAAACCUGUGAUUGUGGUCCCCGGCCACCUCCAAGCUUUGGAGCAUGUCGUUCGACAGGACUACUUCCCCAAAGAGAGCGUGGCUGUGCUGGAGGCCUUCAUGUCCCGGAAUAACAAGACCUUGGAGCCAUGUGGGAAUGCUAAAAACAAUCUCCAAUCAACACUGCAGAGAGUCCGGUCUCAGAGCUGAGGACUGUGGACACGUGCGCAUAGACUGAUCAUUCAUGGGCCUUUGGAAACCAGCACACACAAACACAAGUAAAAAAGAGGAGCACUUGAGAAAACCCCCUUUUUCCCUGGACUUCGGACAUAACUUGAAUACGUCUUAUGAAAUAGAAUAAGCUCUGAAGGUGUGAAAUUGUUGAAGCCCUUUGUGUAUGCUCAAAUAACCACCAGACAGCACUGACACCUUUAACUUCACCCUCUUUGUAUUCUGGUGAAUGAGAAAAGGCCUCACGCUCCACAGGUGACAGAACAGCUGUAAACCAGGAUCAGUGUGGACUUGGCACUCGCAGCUAUUGUGGCUUCUCUAUUUAAUUUUCACCUUUGCUAUUCUCUUGUUUCACACCAAAUAUUUGUUAUAUAUUCACAAAUAUUUUCAAAUUGUGAUAUUAAAAUAUCUAUUGACAAGCAGAAACAAGACCGUAACAUACCACAUUAAAAUGCAUUAAAUAAAUUGAAAUGUAAUUUUAGGUUAAACAGUUGUUGAUGAAUUUGUGUUGCAAAAAUAAAGCUCAUUUGAGUUUUGUUUUGUUUUUAA